GGAUGUGCUGCUAAUUAAAGCCAGUUAAGUCUUCCAGAGAAUACUCCAUGAUCUGAGAUUGGUGAGAUCUUACAAAUUUGACAUGAAGAUGGAGGCGGUUGGGAAAAGUGAAGAGCUUUUAGAUUCUGAAGUGCCUCCUCAAAUCACUUCGCAGAAGGUGAACACUCAGUUGGAAGAGAGCUCUCUAGAUAUUCAGCCUGCUUCUCUGAAGGAUGGAGUGCAGGAGGCACCAGACUCUUCUGGGCUUUCUUCAAUGCCUUGCUUGUUAAAGGAAUUGCGAAGAGACUCUUCGGAGUCCCAGCUAGCAUCAACUGAAAGUGACAAACCAACAGCUGGCCGCAUUUAUGAGAGCGACUCAUCAAACCACUGCAUGCUUUCUCCUUCUUCCAGCGGACACCUGGCUGACUCUGACACAUUGUCUUCCGCAGACGAAAACGAGCCACGUCAUACACAAGCAAUAACAGAAGGUUGCGAUGCUGCUGCUCAAGGUGGUGGAGUGGCCCGCAAAUCUAGAAGGUCCCGAUCAGAGAGUGAAACAUCAACUAUGGCUGCCAAGAAAAACCGUCAGUCUAGUGACAAACAAAAUGGCAGAGUUACCAAGAUCAAAGGUCAUAGAAGCCAAAAGCACAAAGAAAGAAUUCGGCUUUUGAGGCAGAAGAGAGAGGCAGCUGCUCGUAAAAAGUACAACCUUCUUCAGGAUAGUAGCACUAGUGACAGUGACCUAACCUGUGACUCCAGUACAAGUUCCUCUGAUGAGGAUGAAGAGGUUUCAGGGAGCAGUAAGACAAUCACAGCAGAUAUACCAGGUAAAAAUAUUUCCCUGAACUACACUUUUGUGUGUGGCUAG